GAAGGCCCUAGUAGCUUCUCAUACUCCGAGGCUCUACCGGCGAAGAGGACAACCAAAAUAUACCACGUCUCCUUCGCAGGAGCUCCCUCGGCGGUGCUUUCUUUCCUCGCCCAGCGUGUCCGUCCGGAAACGCUGCGCCGCCGCCGGAUCGGUCGUCGGCCGGUUGCAAGUCGCCGCUUCCCGUCGGAGAUUUGCACUAUAUCUCGGCGGUUUCAUCAGUUCAGAGCAGAAAAUGUGCAUGGAUGAAGCACUGCUCAAGGAACCUGUGAAUCAGCCUGCACCGAAGAAUCAAGAUGGUCGUUGGCCCUCGCUGCUCACGGUUGUCAGUUUCGUGUUCUUGACCUUGAACUCAGUCAUGGCCAUGUACAGAUCCAACGGAGACAUGGGGGCCAUCUCCUUCGUGGUCUUCUCCUACAUGGACCUUGUCAGGCUCUUCUACUUCCUUCGCCAGUUUGAGAGAACUCCACCAGAGUCACCUCGCCGACAGCAUAUCAAGAUGGCGGUGUGGCUGCUGACAACAAUGCUUACCGCCGCCUUCUCGUACAAGGUGGCAGAGAUCAUGCCGUUCCCGGUGCAGGUGCUGGUGUGGACCAUGGCCGGUGUGACCGUGCUUGGUGGUUUCUACGCCUUCUUCCUGCAGCAGGAAGGAACUAAGGCAUAAUGAGGUAAUAACCAUGGGAUUCAGAAGCUUCCGAUCACUCUCUCUGCUUUUGGUGUCGUUGGUUUUCCUCUGUUCUCUGUGAAUGGGCCACCAAGGUGUUCCUCUGUUCUGUGAAUACCGGAUUACACACUAGUACUUGGCCUAGCAACCACGAAAUAAUCACUACUAGAAUGCAUCCUUUUAAUCUUCUUUUCUGAAGAAUGGUGUCUCGGAAGCUCUGCGGAGCCUCAGACGGAGAAGAGCUGUCCUGCAUCGGUCAUAUCUCUUUGCACGUGCUGACAUGCAAGAGAGUAACGACCAAGCAUUUCAUCUUCUGCGCUGUAAUAAAUAAUUGUCGAACAAUCUGGGCUUUUAAAUGGAGCUUUCCAUAUGUUGGCUGUUGCUGAAUGGAGGGCAAGCCGGUUGCAACUGCGGAGGUUCUUGUUUGUAUUUGCCCGAAUUCUAAAUUUAUAAUGUGAUUCUAGCCGGA